GUACCUCUUCACCUUAGGUUAUCCCCACAACAACCGAGCAACGGGGCCGAUGCUAGACGCCUUCCGUCAUAGUCGGUUGUUGGGGAAGGCUGUAGGCAAGCGUGUGAUAGCCGAUGCCAGCCAGGAACCUCUCCAACCAUCCGGACAAGCCGCCAGAGCAAUGGUGACCUAGGAAUUUUGCGCCGGGCCUGGAUAAUUGGUUUGUGAGAUCAAGGGGAGCUCAUCCAUCUCUUCCGAGUUCAUCUUGUCUUAAACAUUCACGAUGCCACACCGUUCUACCUUUCCCCCGCUCAGAAUUCCCGAUGGGAUUGACCUCUGGUCUUUCCUUCUCGGGCAUCGGCACAGAGACUUUCCAGUGACCAAGGAGAUCUUGACCUGCGGCGAGACGGGCCGCUCGUAUAGUUGGGCUGACGUGCGCAGCGCUUCCAUUGAGUUCGGCAAGGGGUUGAAGGCCCGCUGGGGCUGGAAGAAGGGCCAUGUGCUGGCCUUCUAUACUCCCAACUCUGUUGAUACGCCCAUCCUCACCCUAGGUGCCCUCUGGGCAGGCGGCGUUGUCUCGCCUGCUAAUCCGCUCUACACCGUGGACGAGCUUGCCUUCCAGCUCAGGCAUUCCCGCGCCAAGGGCCUCGUCACCCAGGUUGCUUACCUCGAGACUGCCAUAGCAGCAGCGAAAAAGGCAGGCCUUCCGCUAGACCGCGUCAUCCUCUUGGGUGCUCAACGGGACCCAUCGGGCCGGCAGCGUCACUUCUCCAGCAUCCGCAGCAUCAGCUACACGGGCCGCUACGCCAAGGCCAAGAUCAAUCCCAAGACAGAUCAUGCCUUCCUCGUCUACAGCUCUGGAACCACCGGGCUGCCCAAGGGCGUCAGCCUUUCGCACUACAACAUGGUGGCCAAUGUGCUCCAGGCCGCCUACGUCGAGGGCAGCCAGUGGCGGUCCCAGGGUGGUGUCGACGGCAAGGGUGAUAAGCAGCUCGGCAUACUGCCCUUCUUCCACAUAUUCGGCCUGACAUGCUGUGUGCUCAUGUCUCUCUACUCGGGCUGGCAGCUCGUCGUGUUGGAGCGGUUCGACAUGGACAAGGCUCUGCAGGCCAUUGAGAAGUAUGGGAUUACUUUUGCCUACGUGCCACCGCCUAUUAUCCUGGCGUUUGGGAAGCACCCUGCUGUGGACAGCUAUGAUCUGAGUUCGCUCAAGGUUCUUCACUCAGGCGCGGCGCCCCUGACGAGGGAGCUCACCGAUGCGGUGUGGAAUCGGCUGAAAGUCCCGGUGAAGCAGGGCUAUGGCCUGUCCGAGACGAGCGCCGUGGUGUGUUGCCAAGUGGUGGAUGAAUGGGCGAAAUUCAUGGGUUCGGUCGGGAAGCUGAUGCCGAAUAUGGAGACCAAGCUUGUCGGGGAGGACGGCAAGGAGGUUGCAAAGGGCGAGCCAGGCGAGCUGUGGCUCAAAGGGCCUAACGUCUUCUCAGGGUAUUUUGAGAAUCCUGAGGCUACCAAAGCGGCAUUCUCGCCCGACGGCUUCUUCAAGACCGGUGACGUCUUUCGCCGCGACCAACACGGCAACUAUUACUGCGUGGAUCGCCUUAAGGAGCUGAUCAAGUACAGUAAGUCAAAGCGGUCUCACCCACUCUCUUUUCUCGGGCAGAUAUCGCUUACAGCGCUGUCACCUAGACGGCUAUCCUGUCCCACCAGCCGAGCUAGAGGGCAUCCUGGUAGGCCACAAAGACGUUGCAGAUGCGUGUGUUAUCGGCGUCGACGAUCCUGCCCACGCAACCGAGGUGCCGCGAGCCUACGUAGUCCUUCGUGAGGGCGUCGAAGCCAGCGACGUCAAGGCGCAAGCUCUUUUGGACUGGGUAGCUGCGCGAGUGGCGCCACACAAGAAGCUCCGUGGAGGUGUACGCUUCGUUAGAGAGAUUCCCAAAUCGCCCAGUGGCAAGAUCCUCAGAAGAGUGAUGAGAGAGCAGGCCAAGAAGGAGCAACGGGCCCUGGGAGCCAAGCUGUGACAGCUGUCUCUUCAGAUCGCCUUGUAGGCCCGACUCGAGAGCCGAAAUAAUGAUACAUCUUAGUUCUAGUCCGAAUCCUGGUCGACCGAAAUAUAUGAACCCCGUCUA